AUGAUCAAACCGCCUCCACGGCCGUCACUACCGAAGAGAGGCACGGCAGCACGCGGAACGGCGAGUAGUAGGAAUAUUACUGAGGCGAUGAGAUUGGCAAGGUCACGAGAAGAGCAGGAGACUUUGUUAGGCGAUGAGGAGCAAGCAGACGAUGAUGGAUGCUACCCACCUCGACAGAAUGACGACCCACGGAAACCAAAUCCCCAUAGUGCAUUGCCCGUGUACACUACUAUUCAUAAGAUUCGAAGGCUUGUGCUUGCAGCUAUCGAUGAUCCAUACAGCACAGAGCAGCUCAAAAGUCCACGUAUGAAUGUCGCGAUCGUCAGACCUUUGGUCGACCAUCUCUACGAUCCAGAUGACGUCUCGAUCGUGUUCUGUUUGCUCGUGAACCGCGUCCAGUUUCUCCGCGAGCAAUCCUACCAGCACCACCAUCAGUCCGUGAACGUCACUCGUGCCACUCUAUGUGAGCUUCUCGCCUCGAGGAUCUUGCGACGAUUUGACGAAGACCACGAAGGCCGUCCGGGGCUACUAGUGCUUGCGAAUGUUCUUGUCGCAGGCUUUGAGCCCUUCCAAAACGCCCCUACAGACAUUGCCCGAGAAGAUCGCACAAUAUUGCAUUGGACAAUUCGCUGGAAGCUGGCGCGGCCGGAAUAUCAGCGCAUGCUCACGGCGUUGGAAGUCGCCAUUGUAUCCGAAGCCAAAACCUUUCUCAGUACGUCGGCGUGUCAGAAGAUUGUCGACAACGUCUAUCGAGGACGUAUAAUCUACACCCCGACGUCGUUCAUCGACAUCCUACCCGAUCACUACAAGAAUAGAGGAAUCACAUUGUACGACCCGCGACGAGCUCCCCUGCUCAACCAGUACCGCCUCAUUGUGCCUCGCACUCGUAAUAUCAUCGAGGCUGUGCAAUUCAUCAUCCUGCUUGUUUUGUAUUUUCUCGCCAUGGGCACUCGCGAGCGGACAAUUGGACCUGAACAUCUACGCUUUACCCAAGUUGAGCUUGUCUUCAUCGUCUACGGCAUAGGCUGGAAUCUCGACGAAGUGGCCUCGAUUUUCGAACAUGGCUGGACGGUACAUACCGAGAAUUUGUGGUCUUUCCUGGAUCUCACCUUCGUUGCAAUCUUCUGGACUUAUUUUGGGAUUCGAAUGCAUGGCCUUGUCAUCAACGACGGCGCGACUAGUAAGCUCGCCGAAGAUGUGCUGUCGCUGGGAGCACCGAUACUCCUGCCUCGACUGGCAUUCUGCUUGAUGUCGGAGAAUAUGCUAUUCAUCUCGCUGAGGGCCAUGGUAUCGGACUUUGCAUUCCUGACAAUGCUCGCGUGUUGGUGCUUUGGUGGAUUUGUCCUCGCCAUGCACUGGUUGAGCGAGAGCCAAGACGGUUUCGUCAGGCACAGCGCUUUGACGAUUUCGAAAUGGAUGCUCUGGAUCUGGUUUGGACUCGAUGGCACGGGGAUCCAGCGCUCAGCUGAGCUGCACUGGUUUCUUGGCCCACUACUCAUGAUCACCUUUGCCUUUCUAGGGAACACGCUCUUCCUCACGAUCCUCGUGGCCAUGCUUUCCAACACUUACACCAACCUAUCCCGGAACGCCACGGCCGAAAUCCAGUUCCGCCGUGCAGUAUUGACCUUUGAGGGAGUCAAAUCCGAUGCCAUUUUUGCAUACCGACCCCCAUUCAACGUUCUCGCGCUGUUCAUCCUGCUUCCUCUGAAGCUGAUAAUUAGCCCACGCUGGUUUCACAAGGUCAACAUCACCGCUGUGCGAAUUCUCAACGCUCCGAUCCUACUGCUCAUCUCACUGUACGAGCGACAAUACCUCUGGAAGCGAGCCAAAUACCUGAGCCCUCCUCGCACACUAACCUGGCUCGGUAUGUGGGAGCGAUUCGGUGCACAUGGAGACCUCUACGCCGUCUUCGAAAGUGAUCCGCCGCAGAGCGUCAUCGAUGAGAUGGCGGAUUUGGACGACGUCUUCGACAUGGACGAGGCGGAUCAUAUCUCGGUCUUGAGAAACCGCAGAGGUAGUCGGUCGAUGAGCGAGGCCAGCGGAGUUUUCAGCAGAAGUAUGUCGAGAGCUACCACUGGGGUUCAGCAGAGACGCCGCUUGAGGGAUGCCGUCAUCCCAUACGUGGAUGAUCUGACGCAGGAUAUCGAUUCAUGA